AUGUCGGCGACGGACACCGGACAGCCCGCCACGUCUGCGCCCGCCGAGCCCCCCUGGACGGGAUGGAUAGAGACCACCGGCGACGCGCUCCUCAUCCUCGAGGCCGCGCGCCGCGGGCUCAUCCCCCGCGUGACCCGCCGGCUCGUCGAGGCGGAGCGCAAGAUGAUCACCUCCGGCGCCGUCUUCGUCUUCGAUGAGGACGAGAGCGGGAUCAAGCGCUGGACGGACGGCUUCUACUGGAGCCCGAGCCGCAUCCUGGGCAAUUUCCUGCUGUACAGGGAGACGGACAAGAAGGGCAUCGCGCACCGAUCGCGCAACCACGCCGCGGACGAGGAUGGGGGCAAGCACGAGAGCCAGAUCCUUAGCAGGCCGAAGAAGGACGACCCGGGGAAGAUUGAUAAGGCGCGCGAGCGGAGCCUGAUGGGCAGCCUUACGAACAGCUACAAGUUCAAGCAGGGGGGACUGAUGAAGAAGACGUUCUCUGUCACGAUCGGCGGGGUCGCCCAGCACCUCAUUUCGUACUAUAGUGUGGAUGAUGUCGCCAAUGGACGUCUCCGCCCACCAUCGUCGCUUCCAGAGCUUGCUAGCCUGGACAUCAGCCCCGAGUACCUCGACAAGACGCACUUCCGUAACCCGCCCAAAAUCGAGGUUGGCCCGGAUGGACGGCCGCGAUAUCGUGGAGAGGCGGACGAUAUAGACACCACGUCAGCGCAAGCACUGCUGAGUGCCCCAUUGUCUUCUGCGCCGCCCCUACUAGGAGAAGCACGGACGGUAGAAGCACAUCCCGGCAAGCGAAGCAAGCGCUAUGAUCCAUACGGCGCGACUCCAGCAAAGCGGCCCCGCACUCAAGGCGACGAAGUCAACCUGACUGAUCCUAAUGCGCUCGCGUCGCAAUCUACUCUACCUCCAGUGCCCCCACCUGCCACAUAUACCACGUCGCCUGUGCAGGCUUACGGAGCCGUCACGUAUUCUCCCGCCUCAUAUGCCGCUUCUCCGCCACCUCAAUACCCCUACGCGUAUCCGCCUGCCUCGGAAUACAAUGGAGCUGUGGUCUACCCAGCCCCUCCACCCACGGGUACGGCCCAGCCGCCAGCUCCAAUGCAAUCGCCGGUGGCGAUGGCCUACGCCUACUAUCCCUACCCGACGCAACAAGGGUGGUACGGCAUACCGACCCCCUCGCCGCCCCAGCCGUCCGCCCCAGUUGCCGGCACCUCCAUGAUCCCGCGCGCAACCAACGUCUAA